AUAUAAACAAAUGUAAUAUUUUUGAAAAUUAUGAUUAUUUUGUUGUAAUUAUAAUUUAAGUAUAAAUUGAAUUAAAUUAUUAAUUGAUUGACUGAUUGUAUSAAUUGGUGUGAAAUGAGUUCAUCAGUGGAGAGGAUUCUGGUUUGCGGUGAUGUCAGAGGAAAAUACAAACAAUUGUUUGAACGCAUAAAUACUGUCCACAAAAAGUCCGGUCCUUUUCAUAUGGUUUUAUGUGUCGGAGAGUUCUUCACUGAUGAUGACCAUCAAUACAAUGAGCUAAUUAACGGCACAAUAUGUUUGCCACCGAUUUCCAUCUAUAUAUUGGGAACAAGUGAUGAACGACUCGUCAAAUACUAUAAAUCAAUUGAUCCAAACGCUGAUUAUGAUUCAGGCUUUGAAUUACGCGAUGGUAUCAUUUAUUUGGGCCGAAAAGGCAUUUUGACCGGCAGUUCGGGUCUGAGAAUUGCAUAUCUUAGCGGACACGAGACUAACAAUAAUAUUAGUGACAAUAAUAAGACUUUGUUUACUAUGAAAGACUACGAAUCAUUGCUUUUAUCACAACAAAGUUCUUCAGCAAUUGUAGACAUAUUAGUGACGAGUCAAUGGCCUAAACAUGUGUUUCGUCACUCUGAAGGACAUCCGCCACAGUUAGACGACAUCAGUCAAAAACAAGGAUCAGAAUUGGUCUCAAAAUUGUCACUAUUAUUACGUCCGCGCUAUCACUUUGUCGCUAGUUUUGACAGCUUUUACGAGAGACACCCCUUCCGUAAUCAUCGAGUAUUAGCUGAAGCGGCCAAACCUGUGACACGGUUUGUAUCAGUAGCUGAAGUGUCCAACAAAACCAAAGCCAAGUGGUUGUAUGCUUUUGCUAUCACUGCGGCUAAAGAUUUAGAUGUAAACGAAUUAAUUAAACAACCAAAUGAUGUGACAGAGAAUCCAUUCAAURAUAUAUCUUUUGAUCCAAAGACUAACCCAAAAAAUGAAAAUGUUUCACAAUUUUUCUAUGAUUUAAAUGAAAAUAAUAAUAAAAGUGACAAUAAUUAUAAUCAACACAACAAAAGAAAAAGACAAAAUCAGAAUGAAUUUCGACAAAGAAAACAACGAAAUGUCGACCCACAGGACUGUUGGUUUUGUUUGGCCAGUCCUCAGGUCGAAAAGCAUCUGAUUAUAUCAAUUGGUGAACACAAUUAUCUUGCAAUGGCUAAAGGAGGACUCACUGAUGAACAUCUAUUGAUACUACCUAUAGAACACAUGAGAUCAACCAUUGAGAUUGAAUCGGAAGAAGUUUUGACUGAAAUAAAUCGYUUUAAAUCAUCACUUAUUCGAUACUUUGACACAAAACAAGAAUCUGUUGUAUUCUUUGAACGAAAUUUUAAAUCAUCUCAUCUUCAGAUUCAAUGCGUUUCGAUACCAAAAAGUAAAACUCAAAAUCUCAAGUCUAUUAUCUUAGAGGAAACCGAUAAGAAAAAUCUUGAAUUUAUUGAACUCGAGAGUGAAAUUGAAUUAAAAGAUGUUAUAAAUACUGGAAUUCCUUAUUUUUACAUUGAAUUACCCGAUUGUAAACUCUUUACCCGAAUAAAGACCAAUCAAUUCUUUCCAUUACAAUUAGGAAGAGAGUUGUUAUGUCAUCCCUCUAUACUUAACUGUUUGGAUCGCAUCGAUUGGAAACAAUGUGCUCUAAGUGAAGAUCAAGUCAUCACUUUGGCCAACAAAAUACGCAAAAAUUAUGAACCCUUUGAUUUCACAUUAUUAGACUAAUUAUUUGAAUUAUUGUAUUUUGGAUAAUAUUAUUUUUUUUACAUAAAUAYCAUUUUGAAUACAAUAAAGUUAUAAGAGUCGCCGACAAAAUAAAUUGUUAUAUAUAUACCAGGGUUAAGU